CAUGGCCAUCCUUGCCGCGCUGCCUCGUCCUGUGAGUGAAUGAGCAGCAGGCUGUGCCCCCAGCAACCUGAUGUGGGGUGUGUUAGCAGCACCUACUAAUUUACAAGCGCUCAUUCCCACUCCCCAAAACCUUCGUUCUGCCUUCAUCCUCCCUGCAGCCUCAUAGCGUGUCUAUCUAGGUUGUGAGCUGUUGUGAAAGAUAAUUUAUUUGGCGAGAAAAGCAUUCUGCCAUGUCGUCGGGAGGUCAGCGGGGUCGUGGUAGAGGAGAUCGGGGCAAAGGCGGAGACCGUGGUCAGGGAGACCGUGGUCGGGGCCGCGGCGGUGCUCCCAGAGGUGGAGGUGCAGGCCGAGGCUCGACCACUGAGCUCCCUAUCCGUCCCGGUCCCAGUGAUGGCGGUUUUAGAGGUCGGGGAGGAAGAGGUGAUGGUGGUGGUGGGAGGGGAUUUGAUGGGGGCCGUGGACGUGGUUCAGAUAAUAGGGGACGGGGAAGAGGGUUUGAUGGGGGCCGUGGUGGUGGACGUGGUGGCCGCGGAGGUCGGGGAGGAGGGAGAGGCGGUUUUGAUCAAGGCCCGUCGUCCGGGUGGACCGGUCCCUACCCCCAGUCCCCAGGUCGAGAAAACGGAAAACGCUAUCGGAGCAGCGGUGCUUGCGAAGAAGCAGAAGAAAACUGCGGAGUGGCCGCUGCGGCCUGGUUUUGGCACCCAGGGACGGCCUGUCACGCUGUACGCAAACUAUUUUGAGCUAAAGUCGGUGGGGAAGCAGCUAUACCGCUACCACAUCGAUAUCUCAGGCGACGCAGCUGGUAGGAAGCCUACCGGCAAGAAAGCCCGUCACAUCGUGCGAUUGUUUCUCGAAGAACAUUUGGCUCAGUUCCGUAACAGUGUUGUUACCGACUAUGUAUCCACGCUUAUUGCAAACCAGAAGAUCCUGAUCGAACAGGAGGCCGUCGAAUAUGAUGUUCGCUACCGGGAUGAAUAUGAGGACGAGUACCCCGAGGAUCCUAAGGUCUACCGGGUGAGGUGCCAAUAUACAGGCACCCUCAACCCAUCAGACCUCCUGAACUAUCUCACAUCUUCAGAUGCUGCUGCCAUGUUUGCAUCCAAGGCCGACGUUAUACAGGCCAUGAAUAUCAUCCUGGGCUUUCAACCCAAGAGUGAUCCGACCAUCGCUUCUGUCGGUGCCAAUAAGCACUAUGCUAUCUGUGGAGGUCGUGAGGAGAAAUAUUCUCUCGGUGACGGGCUGGAGGCACUCCGGGGCUUCUUUGUCAGUGUUCGUGCCGCAACUUCGCGUCUUCUGGUGAACGUACAGGUCAAGUACGUUGCCUGCUACCAAGAAGGCCCGCUGGCGCACAUCUUCGCGUUGUAUGAGCCAUUCCGCCCUCGUGAGCUCAACAACUUGCGUCGGUUCAUUCGCACCUUGAGGGUUCAGGUGACUCAUAUCAAGAAGACCAACAAGAAAGGUCAAGCUAUUCCACGGUUCAAGCGCAUUGCUGGUGUUGCAAUUCCGAGAGACGGUGCCUCGCAGCCAAUGCCUCCCAAAGUGCCAAGACUUGGUGCAGGCCCUAAAGAGGUGGAAUUCUUCCUUGACGCUCCAGGUCAACAGCCGUCGGCAUCACAGCAGACUUCUCGCUCGAAGAAAGGAAAGAAGCCCGUUAAGGCGGGACCUCAGCCGGCUGGCAAGUAUAUCAGUGUUGCAGACUUCUUCCUCCAAAAUUACAACAUCCAAUGCGACCCAAAGAUGCCCGUAGUGAACGUCGGCACUAGAGAGAAUCCGAGCUAUCUGCCCGUCGAAGUGUGUGAGGUCGUGCCUGGUCAGCAGGCUAACACCAAGCUUACACCUAACCAAACGCGGAACAUGCUAAACUUUGCUGUGCGAGGCCCACCGCAAAAUGCUCAAUCAAUUGUGGCGCAAGGGACAGAAGUGUUGGGUCUGGGAGCGUCACCAAAUCCCACCCUCGUGGACUUCGGCAUCCAGAAUGAUCCUCGGCUAAUAACCGUACCUGGACGAGUACUACCGGCGCCUAGCGUUCUGUACAGGGACGAGAGCAAGCCGAGUCAAAAGCAAAUCAAGCCCUAUUCAGGAAGUUGGAACAUGAGAUCGAUUCGGUUUUCGACCUCCACAAAGCUGCCUUCUUGGACUUGGCUUGCCUUGGACUACGAAGGCGCGAAAUAUCCGGCCAUCAGGCCCGAAGACUUGAGCGCCAACCUCAAAGGCUUUACGGACAAGUUGAACGAGAUCGGCGUGAAUGCCAGCCCACCAAAGACUGGACAAACUCUACUUUUGACGAGGAGAGGAUAUGAUGAGGAGAUUAGAGAGUAUAAUACAAAGGCCAUCGACAGAGCCGUUGCCGAGCUCAUUGAGAGACACCAGCCCAUGCUCAUACUGACGGUCCUUCCGGGCAACGACGCUGAUAUCUAUAAUAUUGUUAAGAGGGCCUGCGAUUUGACGCACGGCGUCCGCAAUGUCAACGUCGUUGCCGACAAAUUCAGAAAGUCUAAUGAUCAGUAUUGGGCAAACGUCGGGCUCAAGUUCAACCUCAAGCUGGGAGGAAACAACCAGCUAAUUGAUCCCAAAGAGCUAGGCCUCAUUGGACAGAAAAAGACCAUGCUCGUCGGUGUUGACGUCACCCACCCGUCCCCUGGGUCCUCCUCCGCAGCCCCUAGUGUUGCUGGCAUGGUUGCCUCCGUCGAUUCGACUCUCGGCCAAUGGCCCGCGGAACUCCGUAUUCAAAAGCCCCGGGAAGAGAUGGUCGCCGAACUCGACACCAUGCUGAAGGCCCACCUUCGGCGCUGGGUUCGUAACCGGAAGACCUACCCGGAGAACAUCAUCGUUUACCGCGACGGAGUCUCCGAAGGCCAGUACGAGCUCGUGGUGCAGCGCGAACUCCCUCUUCUCAAAGAAGCAUGCAAGGAAGUAUAUCCCGCCACCGACACCUCCAAGGGCCUCCCACGCAUCUCGAUCGUGGUUGUAGGUAAACGCCACCACACACGCUUCUACCCAACCAAGCUGGAGGACGCCGACAAAUUCGGCAACCCGGAAAACGGCACCGUCGUCGACCGCGGCGUCACCGAAGCCCGCAACUGGGAGUUCUACCUGCAGGCUCACACUGCCCUGAAGGGUACCGCUCGCCCAGCCCACUACUUUACCGUCUGGGACGAGGUCUUCUGCCGAGAGAAGGCCAUGCCCCCAUACGAAAAUGCCGCAGACAUCCUAGAAGGCCUCACCCACCGACUCUGCUACCUCUUCGGCAGAGCCACCAAGGCCGUUAGCAUCUGCCCGCCCGCCUACUACGCCGACCUGGUUUGUACCAGAGCUCGUUGCUACCUUAGCAAAGUCUUCGACGAAACCCCGACCGGAAGUGUCAUUACAGGCACUGACCCUGGCUCUUCUGCUCGGGAGUUCCUGAACGUCAAGAUCCAUCCGAAUGUUAGCGACACUAUGUUCUACAUCUAGGAUGUGAAGAAGAUGUUCGGAUAGACGUUGCUUAUGAGAACUACUACUUAUGAUAUUUGGAUAGUUGCUGAUUUGAGAUAAACCAUGCCUCUUUGCCCUUUGCCACGUGGAUGAUUGUUGAUGAUGAUGAUUUGGUUUGUUUAUCUUGAGUUACUACUAUCUGAUGUUUUGAGUGAAACCCCCCCAGAUUUUUUUUUUUUUUUUUUUUUUU